CACUUCUUUCUUAACUCCUUACUAUUACUUUACUCUAUGAUGUCUGUUUGCACUUCUAUCAGCCAUCAUGCAAGUGUGCAAGAUAAAGAAAACGAGCGCUUGCGGCAAAUCAUCAGAGAGCGAGACGCACAGAUUGAAGUUCUACAGCAAGCACACAUAUCAUCUAUAGAAAUAUUAUCUAGUAACUUUUCCAGAUUGGAAAACAUUGUGAACGAGUUCUGUGAGCUAUUGAACGACGCAUCCCGGUGUCGACCCACCCUACCCGAAGAUGAUAUACGACUCCAGCUAUUACGGACCAUGUCUGUUGCGCAAUUACAAAACAAGAGGCUACGGCAGAGAAUCGCAAAAUGGAGAAACUUUGUCGAGAGUGGGGCGGACGACUGGUUCGGCAGCCCGGAGAGCAUAAUGGUCCUAGUUGAUCAUAAGGAACUCUUACGAGAUAUUGAACCACUUAAUAGGCAGCCAGAUCCUAACCUGUUCACUACGCCUGAUACAACAUCCUUACGAGAGAAAGACAGCUCAGAAUCACUACGAGAAGACAGUAUAACUACGACAACCACCACCAGGUCAAGGAACAACAGCUCUGCUACCAGUGACACUUGCUCAAGUUCACUUAAGCUCUCCAUACCACCAAUAUCCCCAUCACCGCCAGAGCCAACAUUUCAGCCACUGCCCAAAUUACUCGUGACACCUAGGACUUCCAGUUUGACAUCACUCUCACUGCUAUCACCGACACCCGCCGCAACCGAACUAAUGGAACCAAUAGAAACGAAACGCCCCACUCCUUACCAAAGUCACUCAGCAACGACACGUAUGAUUACAACGCUUAAAAGGACAAUAUCUCGGAGAGGACAGCGAGGGUAAAAGAUAUAAAUAGUUUUGUAUAAAAAGAUAUGAGAAAAAUAAACAUUUGACAUAAAUGAAAACGAUGAGACACAGUAUUGAUUGGUAUAUC